AUGGCCAUAGACAGCCUGACGACCCUGAGGAAGCAGGGCUGGGCCCGUGACCACUUCGAGAAGGUUCUUACGGACCGUGUGCAGGUGCUCUCCCAGGAGGCGAGUGCCGAGUUGCAAGAGUGCUUGCUUGGUGGUGCCAAGAAGCGAAAGACCGAGGACCCCAAGAAGAUCAACCCAAACAAGGUGCGCCGGACCUCGAAGCUCCCUGAAUCCCCCCAGAAGUCUCCCUCCUUGCAAGACGACGACGAAGAGGAGGAGGAGGAGCAGGAAGGAAGGAGAGACAAAGGCAAGGAUGCAAAGGCAGGAGAGGAAGACUCAGGAUCCGAGAAGUCCGCCGACGGUGACGAGUCGGACGAUGACCUCUUCAAGGAUGGUUUCUCCCAAACCCCAGCAAAACCAUCCGGGCCUGGCCUCUUGGGCCAGCUCCCCGCCAAGUACACAGAGAUGGCAGCAUCCUUCGAGCCGGCUUUGAUGAAGACUUUCCCCGCAGAUUUCUCCAGGUCUGACUUGAUCUGCUUUCUCAAGACGCUGCACAAAGAAGAAAUCGUCAACUUGGACACAGCCAUGGAUGUCUGUGGGGUCGAAGGCGACCUCGCCGAGCACCUUGGCGAGUCCAGGCCGCACUACGAUCGCUUGAGUCUUCGUGGCAAGCGAAUGGUCACUGCUUGGCAGAAGAAGAUUCUUGCCAUGCAGGCUUGCUCUUGCAAACCAGUGUGCUCUUCAACUCUAGUGCUUCAGGGUUUUGUGCUGCGAAAAUCUGGAAGGCCACUCCGAAGCUCAAGGAGCCUGGGCAAGAGACUGCUGAGACCUAGACGGUUUUGUGGGUUGGAGAUUGAGCUUAGAUGUUGCUCUGAUCAUCCGACCUCGGGGCCUUGGAGGAGGCAGCAAUACAUGCUGCUCCGAAUCUUGGACAUGAUGAGUUUGUGCUGGGGUGCAGGAAAGAAGCAAACCCUCUUGGAGAGUGCUAUGUGCAAUCAAUUAGAAGACUUCGCAUGUUUCGGUAGAUGA